AUUUUGUGCACUCUGGCAACCCUGAGUGAUCCCUCCUGCAUGUAGGUGUUUCUGAGGAAGCUCUGCACUGUGUUUAUCUUCAACAAGCUUCAUUAAUACAUUAAUAACACCCUUUUGGACCAGCAAGAGCGAAGACAUGAUCUUAAAUAGAGCUAAAUAGAACAUUUAGCAUUCUUUGUUGUGAUAUUAAUUUAAAAAAUCCGUGUUAUGGGAGUUAAAAGGACGUCAAGCCGAUGGACCAUCAAAUUAAAACGCUGUGGUGUUUUUACAACUUUGUUUAUUAAACACUGAUAUCAGGUUUGGUCUGAAUCUGCACCAUGCCGGGGAAGCUGAAGGCGAAGAUCAUGGCGGGUCGACACCUGCCUGUGAUGGACCGCGCCAGCGACCUCACCGAUGCUUUCGUAGAGGUGAAGUUUGGAAACACGACUUUUAAAACUGACGUGUGUCCGAAGUCACUAAAUCCUCAGUGGAAUUCCGAGUGGUUUAAGUUUGAGGUGGAUGAUGAGGAUCUGCAGGACGAGCCGUUACAGAUCACGGUUCUGGAUCACGACACGUACAGUGCGAAUGAUGCCAUAGGGAAGGUCUACAUCGACAUCGACCCGCUGCUGUGCAGUGAAGCCGCCACCGUCAUCUCCGGCUGGUUUCCCAUCUACGACACCAUCCACGGUAUAAGAGGAGAGAUCAACGUCCUCGUUAAAGUCGACCUCUUCAACGAUCUGAACCGCUUCAGACAGUCUUCCUGCGGAGUCAAGUUCUUCUGUACCACGUCCAUCCCGCGAUGCUACCGCGCCAUGAUGGUCCACGGCUUCGUGGAGGAGCUGGUGGUCAACGAGGAUCCCGAGUACCAGUGGAUCGACCGCAUACGGACCCCGCGAGCGUCCAACGAGGCGCGGCAGAGACUCAUCUCUCUCAUGUCAGGCGAGCUCCAGAGGAAGAUCGGGCUGAAGGUGCUGGAGAUGGGCGGGAACGCCGUGGUUGGCUACCUGCAGUGUUUCGACCUGGAAGGAGAAUCCGGCCUGGUUGUGCGCGCCAUCGGUACCGCCUGCACGCUCGACAAAAUCAGCAGCACACACGCACCUGUGGGGGCCACAAACCCCGCUAACUCCUCUCCGUCAAAAGAUAUAAAAGACUCUCCGCAGGCUGCUCCUUCUGCUCUUGGAUGUCGCUCCACUCACAGCAGUCCGGUUCACAGCGCGAGCAGCCGCCUGUCUCAGGGUUUCUCCGUUUCCGUGCCGACGCUGCUCUUCGCUGGUAUGAAACGCAGACACAGGAGCUCAGAGGGUCCCAGAGCCAGGCAGUGUAGGGCGGGUUUUGGGGAGGAGGCCCCUGGUGUCCCGUUGUGCUCAGGACCCCCCACCCCACUGAGAGCCCAAACCUUCUCUUCCUUCUCCCCCUCCAAGUCCUACAGCCGCCAGUCCUCCUCCUCCGACACUGAGCUGAGCCUCACCCCCAAAACCGCGAGGAUUUGUCUGUCUCCCAGUUCUCCUAUCCUUCAGUCUAAAUCUUCACCCAUUCCCACUACCAAAGCCCCAAGGAGUACAACUCCUCCCCCUCUCCACGUGAGCCAAUCAGACACAGCCAUGCUGAGAAAGAGCGUGUCAUUCAGUGAGGACCUGCUACUGGCGGCCUCCGGUAUGGGCAGCGGGGGCAGUGCCGGGAAGGAGGCGGGGCCUCUUAAAGCACUUCUGAGACAACAGACGCAAUCGGCUUUGGAGCAGAGGGAGUUCCCUUUCUUUACACUGACCAGUUUCCCUCCUGGUUUUCUGCUUCACGUGGGAGGAGUGGUGAGCGCACGGUCAGUCAAGCUUCUGGAUCGAAUCCACAACCCUGACGAGCCGGAGACGCGAGACGCCUGGUGGGAGGAGAUCCGACAGGAGAUAAAGUCUCACGCUAAAGCUCUGGGCUGCCAUGCAGUGGUGGGAUACAGCGAGUCCACCAGCAUCUGCGAGGAGGUGUGUAUUCUGUCCGCGUCAGGCACGGCGGCGAUCCUAAGCUCCCGCUUCAUGCAGGACGGCGCGCUGGACACGGAGCACAGGUUGUCACGGCAACACGGCACAGAGAGGGGCGAGGGUGAGAUGGGUAGUUCAGCCUCGUUAGGGUUUGAUGACGUUGUCCCUCCUGCCUGUGGGUUUUGUCACAUCCCGUAUGACGAGUUGAACAUGCCGUUUCCGGCUCAGCUCACGUACUGCCACUGCUGCCGCCGCCAUAAAGUCCCCGACGUGCUGUUCACCACGAUAGACGUGCCGACUGAAGCCCACGUCACCGGCAAAGGCUGUCUGAUACAGGCCAGGCUGUGCCGCACGAAGAAGAAGGCUCAGGGCGAAGGGAACGCCACGGCCAUCAGCAACCUGCUGCCGUUCCUGGAGUACGAGCUGCACACGCAGCUGAUGAACAAGCUGAAGCUGCGCAGCAUGAACGCGCUGUUCGGCCUGCGCAUCCAGAUCAGCGUGGGAGAGAACAUGCUGCUCGGCCUGGCGUCAGCGACAGGUGUGUAUCUGACAGCGCUGCCGAGUCCAGGAGGAAUCCAGAUCGCAGGAAAGACCCCCAGUGACAUCACAUACGAACAACAUCUCUCAAACAUGCAAAAAAAAAUCAACGACACUAUUGCCAAAAACAAAGAGCUGUACGAGAUUCACCCCCCUGAGUUUGUCGAGGAGCUGAUUGGCUCGCCGAUCCCUGAGCCGCGGCAGCGGUCCCGCCUCUUUCGCUCGCACUCCGAGAGCUCAGACGAAGUGUCAGAGUUAGACCUGUCUCACGGGAAGAAGGACGCUUUUGUUCUGGAGAUCGAUGACACAGAUGCUUUUGAAGACAUUCAUUCCCUCCUCACCGACGCCCCGACACCUCCAGGGUUCUACAGCUGCAACACUGAGAUCAUGCCUGGGAUUUAUAACUGGACUUCAGGUUUACAGAUGUUUACCUCUGUGAGGGUGUUCCGACUCAGCAACAUAAAUCUGACCAAUCAGGGCCUGAAUAAGAUCUUCAAUGAUCUGUGUGAGAACCUGCUCAAGAGUCUGUACUUCAAAUUGCGCUCCAUGGUGCCCUGCUGUCUCUGCCACGUGAACUUCACCGUCGCUGUGCCUGAGGAUGAGCUCAUACAGGUGGCGGUGACGGCGGUGGCCAUGAGCUUUGAUAAAGAUCAGACGCAGGAGAACAGCCGACAAAGCGGAGAGAAAACACUUAUCAGAGUUACAGAAAAUGAAGAGCAGCUUCAGUUCCCUUUAGAGCUCCCUGCUGAAUCCUCCUCCUCCUCCUCCUCCUCCAACCCUCUGAGCUCUACCAAAGGUUUGUCCGAGGUUUCAGGAGCUCUUCCGAGUGCUCGAGCCCCCUCAGUUGAUUACAGUUCCUUUACAGACAGAUGCAGUUCCUGGAUAGAGCAGCUUAGACUGAAAGCUCACACCAUAAGACGAGGAUCAAUUAAAACAAUGUCCUCUCUGGAGAAGUCCAGUCCGUUGCCAGAAGGUCGUUCUCGCUCUCUGAGGUCGAGUCGUUCGUACCCCGGAGGUUCCGUCACUGUGGUUAAAAUGACGCCGCUGUCUUUUAUUCCUGGAACCAAAAUAAUAAAAUACCUCGGCAUCAUCAACAUGUUCUUCAUCAGAGAGACCACCUCACUGCGAGAGGAGGGUGGUGUGAGCGGGUUCCUGCACUCGUUUAUAGCUGAGGUGUUUGCUAUGGUACGCGCGCACGUCGCUGCUCUGGGUGGAAACGCCGUCGUCUCCUACAGCAUGAAGGAGUGUGUGUUUAUGGAGAAUCCUAACAAGAACCAGGCUCAGUGCCUUAUCAACGUGAGCGGAGAUGCCGUGAUUUUCGUCCGAGAGUCUGAACUCGAGGCCACGCCUCCACAGCCUCAAACAUCCUGCGGUGGAGAGGGGACGUGAACACACACACAAACACACACACACACACACACACACACACAUUUUAUUUAUUGUAAGCCAAGAAGCGAGUUCCAAAGAAAAGUGCGAGCCAAACACGUGACGAGUUUUACAGCCAAUCCGCAGCAUGAACACAGACGAGUCGUGAAUAAAUUAAAGUUUAUAUCCGCGACGUAAAAAGGUGAAAAACUUCCGUCCGCCUGUCGGCCAUUUUGUGCACAUUCCAGUCAUCCUGAGGAAGCCGAGGCAGCUAAGAGCUUAAAGCUAAACUGAUACGAUGUGUAUAAUGUGUGUGUCUAACAGUGUCGACACUGAGCGCCAUGUUUUAUUCCUCACCUACUUCCUGUUUGCGUCAUUAUUAAAGGGGCCGUUUGUAAGGUUUAGCGCCCUCUGCUGCCGGUCAGGCUAACUGCAGAUGCUGUCAUAAUCAGGCAAGCUGAUUUCUUCCACCUGUUUAAACCACACCUGCUUUAUCAGUUACCUUUUACGGAAAAAUCGGAAGCUGUGUUUCACCUAGGGGCGGAGUUUAUUUCAGGGCCAGAAAACUGUUAAAUAUGUACAAGCGCUUGAGAUGAAAACAGUAAAAUGAAUAACAUGGCAAGAUUCCAAAUCUCUUUUUAUGAAUCUUUCAAGUUAUUAUAAUUGCACAUUACGAUACAUUUUAUAGGAAGAACUGCAGCUGAGGGCGGAGCUUAUUUCAGGGCCAGAAAAAUGUACAAUUCAUACAAAAGCCUGAAAAAAAAGAACCACAUCACAGUUUUUUUGAGGUAUACUUAAAAUAUUUACUGUUGCACAUGAAGAAACACUCCCAUAACACCUUUUAUUUAAAAAAAAAACAAAAAAAAAAAACAUUCUUCUGGGGGUGGAGCUUAUUUCAGGGUCGGAAAAAUGUAUACAUAAGACUGAAAAGAAGACAAUAAGAAGAAUUAGACCCUGAUAAUUAUCUGUUUAGAGGAAACUUCAAAAUGCUUAAUUAUUAUUAUUAUUAUUAUUGCACAUUUAGAAACAUUUUAUAAAACCAUAUAUGGAAGAAAAGUUUCUUCUGGGGGCGGAGCUUAUUUCAGGGCCGGAAAAAUUUCAAACGUGAACAAAAGACUGAAAUGAAGGCAGUAUGAUGAAUUGCAACACCUUUGAAACCUUACAAACUGCUCCUUUAACGUCUCCUGUACGAAUCACGUACUACUGAUCUGAUCAUAUGUUGAUCUUUUUCUUUUUUUUCCUAAAAAAAAUGCUGGAAUUUCCUUUUUUUUUUUUUUUUUUAUAAUUUUAUUACAGUCUAUAGUUUGUUUAUUUGUUUGUUUGUUUUUUUCUGCAUGUGCAAUCCCAGCUUCUCCUUUCAGUUCUGUGAUAUUUGGGUGAAAGGAAGCCAAAAGCAGACGCCCAGAGAAGACUUGAAUGUACAGAAUGAGAGGAAAGAAAAAAAAGAGCGCUGAUUUAAGCGUGAUGAAACCUCUGCUGAUUUUUUUUUUUUAACUUCUACAGCGCAUGUUUGUAUGAGGACAAAUCAAAUGCUGCACGAUAAUUAAAUUAUCCAUGUUUAACAAC